CAGGUAAACAUGGCUGUAGUAACCAGUAACUCUAGAGUAAUUAUUGGCAGUAACUACCAAAUAAUUCAUAUCAAUACGUAUUUUUCAGGUUUUAGAUAAUAUGUAUUAUGAUUUAUGAAUGCAUCAUGCAUUAAAGUGUAACUGUAUUCCGUAACGAAUAACAAUGUAACAUGUUAUAAAUUCGGUAUUUGUGCGACGUUAAUUUUUGUUUGUUUUAAAUUUAGUUUUAGGUAAUAUUUUAUUUUAAAAAAUAACAAUGUCCAUUGUUGUGGAUACUUCUUUCUCAGUACCUCCGCCUCCUUUAAACUUUUCAGUUCCACCGCCUUCAACAAACACAUUUAUUCCAACAAACUACAGGUUUCAAGGUCCAAUACCUUUAAAUAUCCGUAGUGCAAAUAUGGGUGGUGGACCUCCAAGACAUCCGAUGACCAAAGGUGGACCGCCGUUAGAUUUAGACUUUGACGGAAAACGUUUACGAAAAUCUGGGCUUCGUAAAACAGUAGACUACAAUGCUUCUCUUAUACGAAUGCUUCAAAAUCGCAUUUGGCAACGUGACCACCGAGAUCGGCCGUUUUUGCAACCAGAUAUACUAUAUACACCUCAACUACUACCUCCACAGUGUUACGUAGAUAACUCAGUAAAUGCAGUUACUACUGCAUUUGUCAAAACUGUUACAAAUAAAAUACGAUGCCCAGUAUUUUGUUUAGCGUGGACUCCUGAAGGUAGACGAUUAAUAACUGGAGCAUCGAGUGGUGAAUUCACUUUAUGGAAUGGGUUAACAUUUAACUUUGAAACUAUCCUACAGGCCCAUGAUUCACCAGUUCGUUCAAUGGUGUGGUCACAUAAUGGUAAUUGGAUGACUACUGGAGAUCAUACUGGGUUCAUUAAAUAUUGGCAAUCCAAUAUGAACAAUGUAAAGAUGUUUCAAGCACACAAUGAAGCUGUUAGGGGUAUUAGUUUUAGUCAAUCUGAUGAUAAAUUUGCAACUUGUUCAGAUGACGGAACCAUACGAAUAUGGGACUUUUUUACUAAUCGAGAAGAGAAAAUACUCCGAGGGCAUGGAGCAGACGUCAAAUGCAUAGAUUGGCACCCACAUAAAGGUCUAUUAAUUUCUGGUAGCAAAGACAAUCAACAGCCAAUAAAAUUAUGGGAUCCUAAAACUGGCCAGUCAUUAGCUACUCUACAUGCUCAUAAAAGCACUGUAAUGGAUGUGAAAUGGAAUGCUAAUGGAAAUUGGGUUGUUUCUGCGUCUAGAGACCAUUUGUUAAAAUUAUUUGACAUAAGAAAUUUAUCGCAUGAAGUUCAAACGUUUAGGGGUCAUAAAAAAGAAGCUAGCACAAUUGCUUGGCACCCGUAUCAUGAAAACUUAUUCUGUAGUGGUGGUUCAGAUGGAGCUAUAUUAUUUUGGAACGUAGGUGUUGACAAAUUUGUUGGGUCAGUAGAUCAAGCUCAUGAUAGCAUUGUUUGGUCACUUGCUUGGCAUCCCUUAGGAGAAGUUUUAUGUUCUGGUUCUAAUGAUUAUACUUGUAAAUUUUGGACACGUAACAGACCAGGAGAUAAAAUGACUGGAAAAUAUCAUUCAGUAAAUACCGUCUCAAAUAUGUUGAAAACAGAUAAUAUGACUGCAGAUGCCCUGUCGACUAUACCUGGUAUGGGACUUGAAGACAUUACCGAUGAAGAAACUAAUAGAGCUACAGUAGACAACACCACUAUACCACUAUUAGACAUCAUCGCUACCAAUGAAGAACCAGCUAAACUUCGACCAAUAAAAAAAAUACCAUAUUCCAAACCUAUUCCUAAAAAUUUCCAAAAAUUCUGGAAUGAAUAUAAGACCAAUGAUGAUAUCGUAGAAGAAGACGGAGAUGAAAAUGUAGGUCCAGACAAUGACGUUGUUAAUAAUGUGGUAGAAAGUUUAAUGGAUCUAAUACCAGGUUCGAGACCAGCUAGUGAGUUAAAACCAGAAUCGUUACUCGUUUAUGGACAAAUGAUAAAAGUAGAUCAGAAUUCACAGUUAGCAUUCGCCAUAAAAGAAGGACGAGACUCAUUAAUGCGACUACUACACUCGGGAGCAAUCCCUGAAGUGAGACAACAUUUAUCAUUUGAAAGUAAUAGAGAUCCAAUUUAUUUGUAUGCUGCAAAGCAUCUUCAAAAAGAUCAAGAUUUAAGAAGAAAUCCAUUUAGUAACAAUAGCAAUUUUCCUAUUAGUCAAGAUGUGGAUUUAAGAGUAAAUAAUAAUUUUAACCAGCCAUAUGGACCUCCUAAUAAUUAUCAAACUGGACCUCCCAAUGAUAACUUUAAUAGGCCACCAAUAAAUCAUAUACUUCCUAAUUCAAAUGGUUAUAAUCAACCAAUGAGGUCUUAUUAUAAUAAAUCACAUCCAUAUAAUAACAGUUCUCAAAAUAAUAAUAGACCACCGAGACAGUAUGCGCCUUAUCAAAAUAAUAUGCGAAAUGGACCUCCCAAUUUAAUGGACUCAAACUUCACAAGACCGCCCAAUUACAGAUCAAAUCCAGAAAGGCCACCUCAAAAUUACAAUAAUAUGUGAAUUUUUUCCUAAAACCGAGUUACACUUAUGAUUUAAUAAUAUAUUAUGUACAUAAAAAAAAAAAAAUUAUAAAA